CUGUGAGGGGACUGUUGUUGGUAUCGUAGCAAGUUAGCCAUGGAAAGCUUGCCACUGACGGUGCUGGACACCUGCAAGAAAGCGCUGGGCACGGCAGCCUCGGUGGCCGGCUACGUGAUGCUGGCGCGCGGCAUGGCGCGGGACAUCCUCCCUCCCGAGCUGCGUGCCGCGCUCGGCCGGGCCGCAGCGUUCGUGCGCGCCCGACUGGGCGCUUCUGACAAGGAGCGGCACGCCCUCGUCAUCCGCCGCGACUUCGACUCCGGGUACAGCGAGAACGAGCUCUUCGACGCCGCGCGCAAGUACCUGACCACCAAGAUCAGCCCGCGCACCACGCCGUGUCUCGGCCUCGGUCUCUUUCCCGUGGAGCCUGACCGGAGCAGCAGCAGCUGGAGCACGCUUCUGUGCCUGGAACACGACGGCUCCACCAGCGACCACUUCGACGGCGUCGACGUCGUGUGGAAGUAUGUGCGCGCAGGCCGCGGCGAGGACGGCACCACCGGGGAGUACUUCAAGCUCAGCUUCGACGCCAAGGACGCCGACACGGUGAGCGAGCGGUACGUACCCUUCGUCAUGUCCACCGCGGAGCAGCUGCGGAUGCGUGCCCGCGCGCUGAAGAUCUCCAAGAACGACGGGGCAUCGUGGCAGCACGGCAUCAACUACCACCACCCCGCCACCUUCGCCACGCUCGCCAUGGACCCGUCGCUCAAGCAGGCCGUCAUGGACGACCUCGACCGCUUCCUGAAGCGGAAGGAGUAUUACUUGCGGAUCGGCAAGCCGUGGAAGCGCGGGUACCUGCUCUACGGCCCGCCCGGGACCGGCAAGUCAAGCCUGGUCGCCGCCAUGGCCAACUACCUUCGGUUCAACCUCUACGACCUCGACCUUUCCGUGGUGCCCGACAACUCAGCGCUCCAGAUGCUGCUCAUCAACAUGCGCAACAAAUCCAUCCUCGUCAUCGAGGACAUCGACUGCUGCUUCGACGCCAAGAAGUCAAGGGAAGAGGAAGGCAGCCGCAACAUGCCGGAGCCGGCCGCCGACCCCGACAACACCCCCCGGCGGCAGCGACCACAACGAAAGCAGAAUACUGUAACGCUGUCAGGGCUGCUCAACUUCAUCGACGGGCUGUGGUCGACGAGCGGCGAGGAGCGCAUCAUCAUCUUCACCACCAACUACAAGGAGCGCCUCGAUCAGGCCCUGCUGCGGCCAGGGCGCAUGGACAUGCACGUCGAAAUGGGCUACUGCCGCUGGGAGGCGUUCAGGACGCUGGCCCGGAACUACCACCUCGUCGACGACCACCCUCUGUUUCCGGAGAUACAGCAACUGCUUAAAGCGGUGGACGUGACACCGGCCGAGGUGUCCGAAAUGCUGCUCCGGAAGGAGGACGCCGGCCAAGCGCUGCAGGUGCUUAAGCAAUUCCUCGAGGGCAAGAAAACCAAUGCAAAAAAGGAGGCGCCAGAAAUGAAAAACGAAGAAGCAGACAAGGCGAUGUAGCAGUUCUUCAUGGUAAGCAUUUUAUCCAAGGAUGAGGAGACGAAGUGAUCCACGCAGUCUCAUCAGUGAUGUCGUUAAUUAUCACAAAUAAAUCCGCCGUUCUUGUUUCUCAAUUACGUAGCAUUCUGUUUUCUCUCUCAGAAGAAAACUACUCCUACUAUCAUGUACUCCUACUUACUUGUAUGUUGUUUCCGCUUCUUGCUGUAUAAUCAUGUACUUGACCGUGUUGGUGACUUGCUGCUGCCUAUUGUGUAAUUGCUUCUCCUACUA